AUGAGUGAACUUAAAGUUGUUUCGAGAAAGGAUGUCUUCCAAGAUGAUGAUGCUGGAGAGAUGAGUAUAGAUAAUGAGACAGUGGAGGAAACAGCAUACCAAUUGCCAGCAUCUGAAUUAUUUGAAAUGGUUGAAGUAGAACCUUCUACAACAGAUCUAAAAGAAGAAGAGGAGGAAAACGAUGAAUUUGAGUUUCCAUUAUUCUCAUUUGGAACUACCCAAGAUACCACAACUGAGGACAAAAGUGAGACCACAGAUGGAGUAGAAGUUGAAAAUGGUGAAGAGGAAAGAGGACGUAGCAAGAAUAAAUUGAUGAAGAUUUCAUUGAGAGAACCUUCGCCUGAAAUCAUUAAUCAAGAAAGACCGAAAGAAUAUUAUUUUCAUAUAUAUGAUGAGGAAGAACAAGAAAAAUAUAAAUCUAGUGCCAUUGACUAUGAUAGCAUAUUUGUUGAUAAAGAUUUUAUAGUGCAAAAACCAGGAAAUAAAAAUAGAGUUAUAGAUAUUACUAAGAAAAAUGAUCAAGUAGAGAAAGAGUUACUUCGAGAAAAAAUGCUUAAAAAGAGAAGACCUAGUAAGAAACAGAGGGUAGCAAAGAAGUUGGCAUUGGAAAGAAUUAAAGCCCGUGAAGAGCUAGCAAAACAGUUGAAGAAAGAGGCUAAGAAGAAACUAGGGAGACGUGGUGGGAAAAAGAACAAGAAGAAAGAAAAAAUGAAUCCAUUGGCUAAUGCUGGCGCCACACCAAGAUUCAGAACAGAAUGA